AUGUGCGUAAUGAACUACAAGCUGUUCGGUGACUAUAUAUCUUUCGACACAACUUUCAGCACAAAUAAGUAUGGAUUACCAUUUGUUCCUAUAGUUGGGGUGAACAAUCACGGCUCCACAGUACUGUUUGCCGUUGCUCUACUCAAGGAUCAAACAACAGAAACAUUUAUAUGGGUUAUGGAAACAUUUGUUCAGGCCAUGGGUGGAAAAGAACCAAAGACAAUAAUAACAGACCAGGACAAAGCAAUGAAGAAAGCAAUACAAACAGUUCUAAAGUCUACAACCCACAGGAACUGCUACUACCACAUCGUGACCAAGAUGAGUCAGAAAGAGAGCACCUUCUUUGCAAAAAACUUAGGACUGUCGGAACUGCUAAUGUACAUUGCAAAGAACGCAUUCACACCAGAUGAGUUCGAAAUGGGAUGGAAUAAAGUGAUAAAGGAUUACAAUGCUGGCGGAGAAAAACACCUAAGCAAGUUAUUCAGGAUAAGACACAGGUGGGUACUAGCGUACUUCAUGGACAAAUUUUACCCAUUCUCAUCAAGCACAGGAAGGAGCGAGAGCACAAAUAACAUGUGGAAAUGCUAUAGCCAGCACACAGACACAAUAACAAUGUUCCUUGAGCAAUAUGAGGUCAUACAAGACAAGUGCUUAUCUGCCCUGGACAAGAAGAAGCUCACAUCAACACUGAAAACAGCAAAACUAGUAACAAGACAUCCGUUUGAGAAGCAAGCUCUUGAACAAUUCACACAUGAAAUAUUCGAGAAGUUCCAGAUCGAGAUCACAAACAACACGGCAUUCAAGGUAGAUGGAUCACUUGAACCUGGUCGCCACCUGCGGCUGAAAAGAAUAGUGAAAUUCUACAACCACAUGGAAUUCAAAAGGGAGUUGUUUGACGUCACAUUUGACGAUGAAAAAAAGAACUUCAUGUGUUCCUGCAAAAAGAUGCAGAGGGAUGGUAUACAUUGCUGCCAUGUAAUAAAAGCAAUGGUUCACAUGGAGAUCAAUGAUUUGCCAGAGAGUUUUGUGAUUAAAAGAUGGAGAAAAGACAUAGACAUGGAACUCGCAACAUUAGGAAAUGUAGCAGAUGCUUCUUGCGGAGACGAAACACUAAAGUUUGCCGGUGUGAUGAGCCAUAUGGCAGAACUUUGCAACAAAGUGUGCCCAAAUGACAAAGCAUAUAAUGUCAUGAUUCAGUGUAUGCGUGAUAUGGAAACAAAAGUGCUGGCAGCAAUAAGAGAAGAUGAAGGAGCUAAAAAACUACACGAUGAAGAAACAGGUAGCAACGAAACAUUACGUGACCCACCAAUGUCCGACGGAAGAGGAACAAAAAGAGGAGACAGAAUGAUGCCAGGUUCAGAAAAAAGACAAAAAACUAGACAAAUAAAAUGCGAACACUGCAAAACAUCAUGA